AUGCCUGCGCUUCGCAAAAUAAAGCAGUACGGCCUGACAGAGCUGUACAUAUCGCCUGGGAGGCCCGCGCAAGUCGAUGUCGUUCUCGUUCAUGGGCUGAACGGCCACCCCAAGGACACUUGGACGAGCAAGACCGGCGACAUCUUUUGGCCCGUUGAUAUCUUGCCCGAGUUCCUGGAAAAUUCAAGCCUGCGCAUUCUCACAUACGGCUACAACGCCAACGUUACCGCGUUCACUGAUGGCGCCUCCAAAGAUCGCAUUCACCACCACGCAGAGACUCUCGCCAGCGAGUUGCAUGCCAAUCGAAGCCUGCGCGGUUGUCUCGAGCGCCCCAUCAUUUUCGUCUGUCACUCCCUCGGGGGCUUGGUGGUAAAACGGUGCUUAAUUAUGUGUCGAAGCCAAGAGAGCGACAAGUUACGCCAUCUACGCUCAAUCUAUAUUUCCACCUUCGGUAUUUUAUUCUUGGGCACCCCUCAUACCGGCUCUGACAUCGCAAAAUGGGGUUUGCUUCUACAAAAGAUAUGCAGUGCCGUCUUCCCCAAGAAGUUCAUGGACACCUCUCCACAACUGGUCGAAGCAUUGAAAUCGAAUAACGAAGUGCUCCAGAACAUUAAUAGACUAUUCAACGACUUCUUCGGUCGGUUCCACGUGUACUUCUUCCACGAGACCAAACCCCUUGACAUGAAGGGCACCCGCGAGUUUAUCGUGGACGAGUCUUCUGCUGCUCCAGAUAUCCAAGGAGCUGAGCGCAUGGGAAUCGAGGCAGACCACAGCUCUAUGGUCAAAUUUGAAGAUGACAGCUCACCGGGGUUUGAGGCCGUUGCUGAAGCCAUUAUCCGCUAUUCUCGCGAGGCGCCGCCUGUAAUCACUGGUCGCUGGAAAGAGGAAAGGGCACACGUGCAGCUACAAGUCCACUCCAUGGCUGACGAGCUCACUCGAUCUUCAGUCGAGCUAUCCCACGAAGCUCACCAAUCAGAAGCAGAAGCUAGAAUGGGUAACUCCGUACCGAACCUUCCUCUACCCCCGAUAUUUUCGGCCGACCCUACCCCUCGCAUGGCGCAAAGUGUCGAGAUUCUACCUCCUCAGCGAAGCCCACUGUUUGUGGUCCCUCCCGGAUUUCACCCGAAUGCCACUUUCAUCGGAAUGGACAAGGAGUUGAACGAACUUCAUGUCCGUCUUUUCAACACCAAGAGACGCGAAGAAAGGGCGGCGGCUGUUCUCAUUUGUGGCGGUCCUGGCUCUGGAAAGACGCAUCUUGCCCGUGAAUACGUUCAUAGUCAUCGCAAAGAUUUUCCAGGAGGCAUAUUCUGGAUUGACGCAAAGUCUGUCUCGUCAAUGUCGACUUGUUACUGGGAUGUUGCCCAAGCUGCCGCACUGACUGAUGAUAGCAAAGACUCAAAAUAUCCAACUUCGACUGAUGCUAGCAUCUUCGUGGAGCAAGUUCGUCAUUGGUUUGAGUCAAGGGAAGAAUGGCUCAUUGUUUUCGAUGGGUUAAACUUUGACGAAUAUAGCCAACUGAAUGCGUUCAAGAAAUACCUGCCUUUUCGAAAAAACACCAGUAUCAUUUAUACUUCCGUGGACCGAACGCUGGCAAAGAAGCAACGACUUUUUGAGCCGUAUCGCCUGACUGUACGCCCUUUGAAGGCAGAGGAGGCUCGUCAACUACUCUUUGAUGACCUGGAUAUUGAGAAUCCGACCCCUGAGCAAUAUAAGAAAGCGACCGAAAUUGUUCACUAUUAUCAAGGCCUCCCGUUAGCAAUUCAUGCUAUUGCUCAUAGGCUUACUGCAACGCGCAAACCCUUGGAGAGAUAUCACCUGAAUUCACAUCUGACUGACCAGCGGCUCGCGGAGCCUUUCAUUGGUAUCAUGCAUGACCUCCGCACUCAUGAGCAUUUUGAAGCAAUGAAUCUUAUCAAUUUACUGGCAUUCUUCGGACAUCACGUUCCGGUCGGUAUGAUCAGCUGGGGGAAAAGCGCACUCGAUGGCCUACCCAUAUUGACAAGCAGUCGACCGGGUGAGCCUGGCGAUCUCGACACCACGUUGGGCGUACUUAUACAGUACGGGCUUAUUGAGAGAAUCUCCGAUCGUUAUCCGGGAAAAUCACUACUACGCCACGAUGAUAAAGACCCCAAAGUCGAAAGCCCCGAGAGUGAAAUUUCAGGAUCAGAGUCAUUUACAGAGAGCAUGACAGCUUCUGGGAUAUAUCAAAAUGCAAUUGACGUCAUAAAAGUCCACAGUGUUGUGCAAGCAUUCUUUCGGGACGAACUGAGGAUUGUUGACGGGAAAAACAAGCAGCAAAUGAACGCAGGCUCUACUGACGGUGCAACGUCGCCAGUACCUGAUGAACAGAAUUCGCAACCAAUCACUAGCUUCUACACGUGGUGGCUACUGAACGCAACGAGAGUUUUUUGCAAAUCCUAUGAGAUUGCCCGACAUAAAAUGAUUCGAGAUCGCCCCGGGGGUUGCCUUUUCGUGAAAGAUUUGCGAGAGUAUGAGACUCAUGCUGAGCGGCUGACGUUUCACUACAGGAAGAUUGAUAGUCGCUAUUCAAUAUCGAUUGUCAAGGAGACAAAGCAACAUCUCAAAGACGUAGUGCGAGAUAUUCGGGUGGAGAUUGGCAAGAUUUCCCCAAAUGCAUCCGAGGAGUCCCUCCGUCAUGCAAAAUCAAUAUUCGAUCGAUAUAGCAGUUCAUCUUCGGGGCCCUCCUCACUAGAGGACAGUAUGGCUUCCCAUCGCUCGACGUGGAAUGAAGCAGAUUGGGAGUCCGUCAAGGUCCAAUCUCCCGUAGAGCUGGCUAAUCCACAGCAGAACCCUUUUCAGUUUCCACUUGCCAGUAUGUAUCAGGAGAGACUUCAGGAGCAGAAUGAUGGUUAUCUUACCGAUGGUGAAGGGGGCCUCAAAGUCAAAUCACGUCGAUCAUCGGCGGACUCAUCAAGGUAUAGUGAGAUUACCGAGAUACACUCUCCAGCCGCUCCGACCGCACCAAUAGCUUCAGUUGAUGGGCCAGACCCUGUGCCUACCCCUGUCCCUGCCCCUGCCCCUGGUUCUGGGGAGUCGGGUUGGGAGACCGUUCAAAGAAAGAAGAAGGGUAGUAGAUCGUCAGAGUUGCCCAAAAGACCUAAGUUUCGUGGCAGACUCAGAGAUUUGGGAUCCUUUCGGCCUUCUCCAAUCACCAAAAUGUCAUCUGCUCAAGGAGAGGGCUCCAUGAGUCGAAUUUUGUCUGGCUCCAGCGAUAAGAGGAACCCAACCCCUACGAAUGCGAAGGAAAUUCUGGCUUCAUUCCAUAAGCCAGAUCAAAUGGAGAACGAUUUUGCAUGGACAUCACCGGUUGUUUCCCCUCCAGAGACAAAACCUUCAGCUGAGAAUCCACUACCAACACCCAGUCAAAGUGCACUGAGUGUCCCGUAUCGACGCAGCAACCCCUCCUCCAAACCGCGGCCCCAGAGUACGAUAGAAAACAGGUCAGACCUUCAACCGGACGGGCAGAGCAGGAGCUCCAAACCGUCACCGACGUUGGCCGAAUUUGGGAAGCAUCAUCGUCUAAAUCCCAUGAGCCAUAGUGACCCGUCUCUCGUGGUGAGAAGAGAUCAAUCUCAUUCUGAUCCCAAUUCAGCGCCGGGGUCUCGAAAUCAUUCGAGGCAUCCUUCGUCUGUGAUUCCAGCGUCAUUUAGCCGUGAGUCUUUGAGAAAUUCUAUUCCCGGUCCUCAAACAUCUAGAUUGAACCCGAUGCAUCCUUCCUUUAUCCCAAGACUCAGUACAACUGAGUUCGGCUCUCGAUAUGUCCCUGUUCCAGAAGAUGGGAUGAUCGAUGUACAAAAGCGGAAUACUCGUAGAUGGGAUCAGAAUCCAAUCUAUCCGACUCCAAGUAUUUCUACAUCCCCUCCUCGACAAUUUAUGCCUGGGGGAUACACAUCAGAGCCGCUUUCAGCGGAUAUGUCUCGCGAUCCAUCGGGUCAAUCUCGCGCUUCAUGGCAGACAGAUCCUGCUCCUGCUACUCGGCAAAUAUCGCAGCAGUUGCCGCCACCGCGGCCGCCUAUUGCUUUUGGUCCUCAACUACCUACCUCACCAACAUAUACUAUGAUAUAUGCGCCGGAAGGUAAUACACGUAGCCAAGCAGCUGCGUAUGCAGUGCCAGUGGCUGCACCUAAUUCCGUCGACUAUCUAGGUCUUGGCAGCCGCUUUGAAUACGGUGGUGAACCUGAUACAGCUGCAGCAUUCAAUGAGCCAGCAGUGAAUCAGAGCAUAUUCUUUGGCGAACACGAGGUCGAUGUAGACGAAGCACGUCGGCGAGUCCUGGAUUGGAAUCUGCGCCAGUCACCUGCAUUGGUCUACGAUCCUCGAACUGGGCAGUCAUUCUUAGCAGCACAAGCACCACGCAUGCAAGCUCAGCGAUCAGAUCCGGGGAGAGCCAUUCUCCCGAUACCCAUGGCCAUCCCUAUGCCAAUUCCAGUUCCUGCUAGUCGACGGAGAUCAGGGAGUUCACCUGACCCAGUCUAUCCUGGGUUAGGAUUGGGAUUGGGAAUUGAUCCUCGAUAUUCAUCCCCUCGCAACCGAUAG